AUGACGGGCAGCUUCGGUGGUCUGAUUGGAGGAGAAGGUUCAAACCACAGGCCUCUCUCGAGCUUCACAUACGGAAACAGGUACGCAAAGUAUCCUGCACACGGCUAUGUCCGAGGUCAUCCCGGAGAGGGGAUGAGCAAUCCACCUACGUACCAGAUGUGUCGUCAAAUCGGGCACGACUUUGCAGCAAUGAAGGCAACGCAAUACAGGACCAGAUAA